CGUCAAAUGACGGAAACGGGAGGCGGAUUUUCUGGUAGUGGGUAACGUAGCCAAGUGUGUUUCGGGAGAAGAGAGAGCGAAGAGGUCUACUAUAGAUACUGUCAGCUUCACUGAAGAGAGCAUGGACAUCAGCAGACCGGCGCAGAGACUGGGAGAGGCUGGGCAGUCCCACCUCCUGCAGUUCUGGGACCAGCUCAGCCCUGAGGAGCAGGCUGAACUGGUCUUCGAGCUGGACAGCAUGGACUUCAAAGAGAUCAACUGCUUUUUUAAACAUGCUAUGGAGGCUUCUGGACAGGCCAAGCAGGAGAAGGUGGACGCCAGAAUGGAGCCAGUGCCGCGGGAGGUCCUGGGAAGUGUAACCCGUGAUCGAGAGUCCCUCAAAUACUGGGAGGAAGAAGGCCUGCGCUGUAUUUCUCAAAGCAAAGUAGCAGUUCUGCUGCUGGCUGGAGGUCAGGGAACUCGAUUAGGGGUCCCGUAUCCCAAAGGCAUGUAUGACGUCGGCCUGCCGUCUCACAAAACCCUCUUUCAGAUCCAAGCUGAACGUAUCCUGAAAUUGGAGCAGCUAGCUGAGCAGCGUCAUGGAACAAAGUGCUGCAUUCCGUGGUACAUCAUGACGAGUGGCAGAACAAUGGAGAGUUCUAAAGAGUUCUUCUCAAAGCACAAGUACUUUGGCCUUAAAGAAGACAAUGUCAUAUUUUUCCAGCAAGGCAUGCUUCCAGCCAUGGACUACAAUGGGAAGAUUAUACUUGAGGGUAAAGGCAAACUGGCCAUGGCACCAGAUGGCAAUGGAGGCCUGUACAGAUCGUUGGGCACACAUAAGAUUGUAGAGGACAUGGAGAGAAGAGGAAUCGCCUAUAUACAUGUCUACUGUGUGGACAAUAUCCUGGUGAAAGUGGCAGACCCUGCCUUUAUUGGCUUCUGUGUGCAUAAAGGAGCAGACUGUGGUGCGAAGGUGGUGGAGAAAACCAAUCCGACUGAGGCGGUGGGCGUGGUCUGUAAGGUAGAUGGACGUUACCAAGUGGUUGAGUACAGCGAAAUAACCCUGACAACGGCCGAAAAGCGGAGCGCCGACGGUCGACUUAUGUUCAACGCUGGCAAUGUAGCCAAUCAUUUCUUCUCUCUUCCCUUCCUCAAAGAUGUUGUCAAUACGCAUGAGCCGCAGUUGCAGCACCAUGUGGCACAGAAGAAAAUCCCCUAUGUGGACAUGCAAGGACAGCUAAUCAAACCAGACAAACCCAACGGAAUUAAAAUGGAAAAAUUCGUCUUCGACAUUUUCCAAUUUGCCAAGAAUUUUGUGGUGUAUGAGGUGUUGAGGGAGGACGAGUUUUCUCCUCUGAAGAAUGCGGACAGUCAGGAUGGGAAGGAUAACCCCACAACCGCUCGGCAAGCACUCAUGUCCCUGCACCACCGCUGGAUCCUCAAUGCAGGCGGACAUUUCAUAGAUGAAAACGGAACCCGUGUGCCCGCUAUUCCCAGACACGGAGCAGCAGGGACACUCUCACCUGAUGGCAGCCAGAAUCUGAAAGAUGGGACAGACCUGCCAAUCAAAUGUGAGAUCUCUCCACUUGUGUCUUAUGGAGGAGAGGGACUGGAGAAGCUUGUGAACGGCAGAGAAUUCCACGCUGCCCUGGUCAUCGACGAGAGUGGCAUCCACGAGCAUGUAAAGAACGGACUGUGA